GGUCUGCCUUAGAGGGUAGCUGUUCAUGAAAUGUUCAUUCUGGUUCGGGCAGUGUCACACGGAGGUGUUGGAAUAGCUGUGCCUCCGAGAACAGAAGUCAAAAUACAGUCUUGUGGAGGAACUGCUUGCCAAUAAGACAUCGGAAGAGACAAUGGUGUUGUAAAUUGUCAUAUAUUUUAAUUGUUCGUGUAAGGUACAUGUGACGUUUGUAUCAGAACUUGUAUCAGAACAGAUCUAAAGAAUUAUACGUGGUCUGAAAGACAAAAAAGCUGGCAUUUAACUCUCUGAAAUAACAUCUUUUUGAAGAUUUAACUGUUCUUAUCUUUUAAUAGAACGGAUUCUUCGAAAGUAAUUUAAUCCUGUUAAUGCAUUUAUGUAAAGAAAUUCCCAAGAGAAACUAACAUAAAGGAUACAAAAUCAGUAAUUUACAUUUUUUACGAAGGACCUUGUGAUUUCCGGCAUCAUGUGUGAUAUUUUUUCGAACGAAAAGUGCAAGAAAUUUGCAUCAAGCUGUUUGAAUAGGGAGUUGAAAAGUCAUCAGAAGAACUGUGUUCAGGAUCGCCUGCUAAAGGAGUCCAACAGCAGGUUUGACCGGAGCCACAAAAAGGAGUCCAAGACACAGACAUUCAUCAGGGAGGGGAUCCAGAGGGAGCACGGCUCCAUAGUAUCACGGACUCCCUCCAUCUCCGAGUGGAUGAAACAACACCAGCGACAUAUGGACGCUUGGAAGGAACAGGAGAGACAGAAACUAGAGAAUAGACACAGGUACAUGAUCCGCCAGUACAGGAUUCCAAAGGUAAAAUCGUUAGAUUCCAGCGGGAUGAAUAUGUCUAUUAAUGGGACAGAUCCCAUAGGAAAGGUCCAAGAUCCGGAAGAGUCUGGAGAUCUUGCAGAAGGUUCUGAAGACAGCAUCCCGACUUCAACCCUGAGGAGGACCAGCAGUGACACCCGGAGUCGCCCCAAAACUUCAGGGGCGAGGCUGAGAAGACGAGCAAGUGUGAACACGGAGUCAAGGUCAGCCAGGUACCCCAGAAGGUGCUCCACGUCGAUGGGAAUGGCUCAUCUUCUGGAAGACAUUUUGUGAUUGUGAUGAAAGCAUUUUGUGAUUGUGAUGAAAACGUUUUAUGAAUGAGAAGAAGCCGUUUUAUGACAGCGAUGAAGACGUUUUAUGACUGUUAUGAAGACAUUAAGACAUUCAGUAAUAAGUACUGUUCUUGACAAAGCGCUGAAGAAUGGUGUAUUAAUGUUUGAAUGGUACAAAGAAACUUUAAGAUUGUGUGGCACGUGUAUGUAAAGUGUUUUUUUUACUUUUGCAAGCUGCUCUCGCAUAUCAAUAUGUCUGUCACUGUGACGACACACGCCAGUGUUACAUACCCAGAACUGACGGUAUGAUUGUGUCUAUAUUAUAUACGGUGUCUUUUCGAGAAUAUCGUUUUGAGAACCAUGAAAUAACAUCUUGGGAAACGUGACAAUAUCAGCUUGAGAAACGUGACAAUACCAUAUCCUGUGGUGGCUGCCAUUGCGGUAUAUGUAGAUAGAUUUCUCAUCACAAACUUUCAACUGUUCACAGGGACAAUGUGAGAAUAUGUGUAUCAGGAUUCUUCUUAUCCUGAAGGACAAUGCUUAAAUGUGUUCAGUUGAGUGUACAUUGUCACAGAGCCAGUGGGUACAUGUUCCUUUAGGGAAGUUAUUCCAGAGUAUUUCUCCAUCAGUGAACCUUAGCUUGGGUCUCUGCAUGUAUGCUGAAAUAUCUACCUCUCUUACUCAGUGUCAUCGGUAGGAAGAGUAACUCAUUGAGAACCUGUCUGGUAAAUAAAAUACAUGUUAAUCUUUAACUGCAGUCCACCAAUGAUAGAAAUGUUACUCUUUGUAACAUAUUAGCUAAAUGACUCUGAUGGGUUUACAUGUGGAUACGGGUGUUUUUUUAUUUAUAUAUCAUAUUAUAAACAUAUUUAUCAUUGCA